AUGUGGAAUAACACAGAAUUCAAGGAAUUUGUUCUCUUAGGGCUGACAGAUAGUCCUACGCUUCAGAUAUGUCUAUUUAUUCUGUUUAUAAUAAUUUAUAUCAUCACACUUCUUGCAAACUUUGGGAUCAUAUUGACUGUCACAUACGAUUCUCAUCUCCAUACUCCCAUGUACUUCUUCAUCAAUAACCUGUCUUUCUUAGACAUUUGUUAUUCUACCAUCAUAACGCCAAAGACGCUGGCCAACUUCUUGUCAGAUAAAAAAACCAUAAGCUACGUUGAAUGUAUCCUGCAGAUGUAUUUUUUUGUGGCGUCAGUUACAACUGAGUGUUUUUUACUUGGGAUAAUGGCCUAUGACCGUUGCAUUGCAAUUUGUAACCCGUUAUUGUACUUGAUGGUCAUGAACAAGAGGUUUUGUGUGCAACUUGUUGGAUUUGCUUACGUUGGAGGGUAUCUUAAUGCUACAAUCCAUACAACCUGUACCUUUCAUUUACCAUUCUGUAAAAGCAAUCAAAUUGAUCACUUCUACUGUGAUGUGCCCCCUCUGCUAAAGAUCUCUUGCACAGAUACAACAAUGAAUGAACUUGUUAUGUUCAUAUUUGGUGGGCUUGCAGAAAUGAGCUCACUCACAACUAUCACUGUAUGGUAUACCUACAUUAUAUCUACUAUAGUGAGGAUUCGUUCCCAACAGGUAAGGAGAAAAGGAUUUUCCACAUGUGCAUCUCACCUUACGGCCGUCACCAUAUUUUAUGGGACAAUAGUCUUUAUGUAUAUGAGACCUUCCUCAACAUAUUCCAUGAGUAAAGACCAGGUUGCUUCUGUGUUCUACACAGUAAUUAUCCCAAUGCUCAACCCACUAAUAUAUACUUUAAGGAAUAAAGAUGUAGCAAGAUCAUUGGAAAAAACUUGGAAAAAAUGUUUACCUACAUUGGUAUUCUAA